AAAAAAUAAACUAAUACUAAACAAAUAUAUUAAAAAUCUAAUUACGUGACAAACGGAAAAAUGAAACGAAUAUACUCUCCAAAAGUUGGAAUUCAAAUGUUAGAGUGAGAGAGCCGGAGAAAAUGAAAGAACGCCAAAGUUGACAUUUUGAAAGAGGAAUAAGAAGGUACAGCAAACCACGAAAAAACGCCGAGAAUCUAAUGGAAAAUCAACUAAAAUCAAGAAUAAUCUCAGUUAAAGUGGUCAAAAAUAAAUAUUGAACGUUGAAAAUAAAAAAAAUGUUAUUUUAUUACGAAAACUAGUAAAAAUAAACCUGUCAAAAAGAUAUUCGUUUGUGAAAUUCUAAUUGUAUGUGGCAAGACAAAGCAACGUCGUAGCCACCGGCGAGAAGUAUAACUUGUUCAUAGAAACUAUAGAAUAAAAUAAAGAGUAGUGGAAUAUAUUGAAAGUAAGCUUGUUUAACGACAGUAAUGUCGGGUGGAAGGGAGUCAAAUAGCAGUAAUGCAAGCUCCAACAGUAGUGGAGUUUCGACAACUGCAUCUUCCACGCCCACAUCUUCAAGCCAAAAUAACAACGGCAAUCAGCGCUCUCGUGGGCGACCGGCCAAACGCGCCACUUGUACGUGGUGCGGUGAAAGUAAGCAACUUCUGCAAUAUGUGUUACCAACACAGAACGGCAAGAAGGAAUUUUGUUCGGAAACAUGUAUUGCCGAGUUUCGGAAAGCUUAUAAUAAAGGCGCCUGUACUCAGUGUGAUAAUGUGAUACGAGAAGGCGCGCCAAAUAAAGAUUUUUGUUCAGUGAUGUGUAUGAAUAAGCAUCAAAAAAAGAACGGGUCCACUCGACAACAUGGUAGUGGUGGCUGCAGUGGACGAGGAGAUUCGGAUCGGGGAAAAAUGUCUUCAAUUGGUGGUGGUUCCUGUACACCAACUGGACCAUUCCAGUAUGAAAGUUUCCAUGUGUUUGAUUGGGAUGCAUAUUUGGAGGAGACCGGUAGCGAAGCUGCACCACCGGAAUGUUUUAAACAAGCACUUAACCCCCCAAUCAACGAUUUCAAAAUUGGGAUGAAACUGGAGGCUUUGGAUCCUCGAAACGUUACAUCAACUUGUAUUGCGAGUGUGGUGGGUGUACUCGGUUCGCGGCUGCGACUGCGAUUGGAUGGCAGUGACAGUCAAAAUGAUUUUUGGCGUUUGGUCGACUCGAAUGAGAUCCAUGCGAUUGGGCACUGUGAGAAGAACGGCGGAAUGUUGCAACCACCACUCGGUUUUCGCAUGAAUGCCUCCAGCUGGCCCGGUUACCUUUGCAAAAUUUUAAACAAUGCCAUGGUUGCACCGGAAGAUAUUUUCCAACCGGAGCCGCCAGGUCCUUCGGAGAAUCUCUUCAAAGUUGGCCAAAAGCUCGAGGCGGUCGACAAGAAAAAUCCACAACUGAUUUGCUGUGCGACAGUUGAUGCGAUUAAAGAUGACCAAAUUCAUGUGACUUUCGAUGGGUGGCGUGGAGCUUUCGACUAUUGGUGCAGCUACGACUCCAGAGAUAUAUUUCCGGUUGGUUGGUGUGCACGUAGUUGUCAUCCAAUGCAACCGCCGGGUCAUAAAUCGCGUACCGAUUCGAGUUCGAGCAAGCACCGCAGCCCCCGACCACGCUACACCUUCGUCCAAGAGACGGACGCAAUGGUCCCUGCCACUCCAGUCACCGCACACUUCCACACAAAUUGCAAAGGAGGACCAUUCGUUAACAGCACAAAGUUGCCAUCAAUGGUUACUGGGCCAACCCAUCAAACUCUGGCAAAAUUAUGUUUGCAAGAAGUGCUUGCCGCUAGCACCGAUACUCAGCAGCUUUCGAAAUUAUUAUUCGCAUUAGAAGGAGAUGUUCAUAUAGUGCCAGCAGCAGGAAAAAAUUUCACAGUUAAAAUUCCAUCGCAAUUGCGAAUGAGAGACGAUGACAGUUUAGCGCAAUUCAUUGAAACCCUAUGUACUACAUGUAGAGCAUGCCCCAAUCUAAUAUCGUUGGUGCCCGCAACGGAAGAAUGUGACAAAUGUGUAAUUACUAAGAAGCGCUUGCUGUCAACGAAUUCGACACCGCCCACUUCACCAGUUAUACCAGAGAAAAGAAAAACACUCAGCUUAUUGAGCGACAAACCACAUGCAAUCAAACAAGAAAUACCAACUUCGACCACAACUUCUUCGCAUGUGGUGGAUUCCUCGUCUGCACCGGUUAUGGUAGCUGUUGGGAGCAGUAUUCCUAAGGCUGAUGCUGAACAUAAGCUAUCUAUCAAUAAUAAUAACUUAUUACCAGUGCAAAUAAAGGUUGAACCUAAUACAAAUGGAACUUCGACUAUUACAUCACAAGCUCACUCUUUACGGCAGAUCCGUCUCCAUCAUUUGAAUAAUCAGGAUGAGUCGAAGCAGAUUUCGAAUACUACGUCUACUGCUGCAAGUUCUACAAAUUCAAAUGUGAAAUAUCUUGCUCCGCUUGUGGCUGAGGUACACCCUGAACAAUCAAGUGUGGUGAAUACUGUUAUUGGCUCGUCGACAUACAAAUCGCCUUCGACAUUAUCAUCGAGCGCGUCCUUACCCACGUCAGUAUCGACGCCAUUUAGUGGUUCACAGUCGACUUCGUCGACAGCGUCUGCAGCUGGUGGUCAAAUAGUUUUGUCGGCUGCAGCGCCACCAACAUCAGCAGCAUCCACAAUGAGUUCUGCCUCUUUACCACCACUCCGUUCGCAUCCUGGCGAUUGGUCAAUUGAAGAAGUCAUACAAUUUAUCGAAAGCAAUGACAGUACACUUGCCGUUCAUGGUGAUCUAUUCAGAAAACAUGAAAUCGAUGGAAAAGCGCUGCUUCUUCUUAAUUCCGAAAUGAUGAUGAAGUAUAUGGGUCUUAAAUUGGGACCAGCCUUAAAGAUAUGCAAUUUAGUAAAUAAGGUUAAUGGUAGACGUAACAAUAUGUCACUAUAAAUUUGGCUGAAAGGAAAGAAGGGUUAACAACAUACGUAAUAAAUAUGUACGUAUAUUGAUACGCGUUUCUAUGAAUUCUUCUUAAAGCAGUUGAAAAUGAAUAAUAUAUUGCAAAUGUUAGAAAAACCUACCUAGAAUUAGAGGUGAAGAAGCGUGUUCCAGACGUACGCAAUGAAAGUUGUUGGCAUAUUUUCUAUAACAUGGGUACCUUCACGUAUAUUUGAAUUAAUAUAUACUACAUUAAUAAUAUUUAAACUGGCUAAUUAAUAUGAGAUCGAUUUCUUAAUCGAUUUAAAUUUUUAAAUUGAAAAUGCUUAUUUACAUAUUUUAUGUAUGUAUUACAUAUAGAAAGGAAUAUUGCACCUUUUUAUUAUAACAUAUAAUUAUAUGUAUAUCUGGAUAAGUUGAUUAAAUUUAAGUAAAGCAAAGAACAGAAAGCAAUGUAAUAGAUGAAUAACGAUAUAUCACAAUAGCACAAUAAGCAUUUAAAAUGUUAUGUUAUGAAGAAAACUAAACUUUUUUAUUGUAACAUAGUGCAGACAGAAAUAAUCACACAUUGCACAUUGAAUAAAAAGUAACUAUAACACAUUUAGUAAGAUAACUUUCUAACAUAUUUUUAUUGAAGAUUUCUAUAUAUCGCUCAUUUACAUGAAUAGUGUCACAACUCGAAAAAGUCGAUUUUUACGAAUAGCUGUUUGAAGUUUUCAGUUGUCUCUUAUUUAGCAAAUAUAGGAAAACGAUAUUUAUUGAAUAAGCUAGUGGCAUGUAAUAUAUUAAAUAAAAUCUUGAGCAUAAGUGGACUAAAUAGUGUAUUAAAGCUUUUUCUUGGGCAUAAACGUGGCCCGCUUUGAAUUAUGUUAUAUUUGUGAAAAAUAUAAACCCGUUUUGCUGUCAUAUGUUAAACGUAUUCUUAUUGUUGACAAAAAAGGAACACGAAAUUAUGAUGAAUGAAUUACCUUUCCACAAAUAUCUUUGUAACACAAAAUAUGUCGUUCUUUUGUGGUUAAAAAAUAAUGCAACAUAACAACUUGAAUAACGUCACAUUUAUAUUUCACGGUUUAUUUUUCUACGUAUCAAAUUCCAUUUUUUAUAUUGAAUUGAAAAAUUCCGUUUUUUGACACUAUUCAUGUAAAUGAGCGAUAUGUUCUUGUUUCUGACUUCCAAAGACAUUACCACACAUUACUUUUAUUUCAUUUAAACGCCAUUUCUUUUAUUACUAUAUAUAGAUAUACAUUCGAACUUGUUGGGUAUUAUAUGCUUUUGUGCCCAGUGGGCGUUGAGAUUUUAUGUUGUGGUAAUUAAGAGUUUUAAAAACCAUUUACCUAAUUAAACCUUUCAUUAGUGGCCAGUGAAUGGCUAUAUUAAAAAACAUGUAUAAAACAAAAAAUUGAGUUAUAUUUUCAUAUACUUUCUGCAAAAAUAACGUUUGAGAACGGCUUAAACUAUUGAAAAAAUAAAUAUUCACAUUAUAAGUAUGGGGUCUUAAACGGACCAAAUAUUCAGGCUAACACCACAUAUGCUUAAUUGGAAUAACACAAUCAUAACGCGUUGAGCUGGUUUUUAUUUAACAUAAGUAUGUAUAUUCAAAUAUACAAUAAAAUUAGCUUUAUUCCAAUCAUAACCACAUAGCCAUAGUUAAAUAAAUGCUAACAAAACAAAUAUAAACAAAUCAAUAUAUAACCUCGUAUAUAAGACAUCAUAAUAACUGGCGUGCAUAUGUACAUCUUAA